AUGAUUCCGAAAAGGCUGUUUCGCUCUGGACCGCAGUCAUCUGUGGACGACGCUUCAGGUGAGCCGGUAGUGGACUAUCUCUAUCAACGGUAUAAGAUCAUCGAAACGGCGAUUCUCAUCUAUUUUCUCGGUCCUGUAUGCGAUACGAUUGUGAAGAACAUACCGGAAAAGAGUCCGUUCUGUGAUGACAGCGACGUUGAGCUGGAAGGUAUGCUACCGGACGAGAUCACCGAUGAGAUUGAGGAGAUGGCCAAGAGGAACGCGAUUUCACUAACCGGUCUGGCAUUCCCCACUAUUCACGCUUCCGAAUCCAGUGAUGAGGAGUUUGACUUGAAGCUGAGAAAGCCUGCACCUACGAGGAGGAAGCGUCAGAAAGGAGAAGGACCGACAAACAACGGUGCAGCGCCUGAGGUGCCCACAGAGGCCGAACUGAUACCGGCGCCGCCCCGACGUCGUCGCAAUGGUCGUCCUGAUUCGUUCGAUGAUGAGUUCGAGCUAUUACAAUGA